AUGAGUCUGCCAGGUCUGACUUCAUUAGCAUCAUUAGAAUCAUUAAUUGGCGCUAAUCAAAGUCGAUAUGUUAAACUGGCAGUAAAUCGUUCCACUCCAUCAUCAUCGUCAACCGAUAGUUUAGUAAGUAAAUUAGUUAAUCCAUUUCAUGAUUCUGUUACUGCUCUUAAUUUAGCAAGACUUGAAAAUGAUAUAUUUCCUUGUAGAUUACCAUUAAUAUCAUCCAGACCUCCAUCAAAUCAUCAAUCAAUUCUGGAAGUAGGGGUCUUUUAUCCUCCUACAAAUAAUUCUAAUUCUCAAGGUUCAGAAUCACUAUUAAAGAAACGGGGAUUAUUUACUAGAACUAAUACUGGUGAUAGUUUUACAGUAACUACAAGAUGUUCACCAUUAGUUAGUUCUCCAAUAAUUAUUAAAAGUCAAUCAAGUAUAGAGAUUGAUAAUGCCUUCUUAACUUCCGAUAAUGAUAUUGUUGAUAAUGAAGAAUUCACAAGAGUUAGAACCGUGUAUCGAAAUGUUUUAGGGAUUAGUCCUAAUGAUAGUAGUAUUAAUAUAACUCCCAAUCAAUCGAAUAGAUCAAGAUCAAGUCUGCAAUUAAGUAGUAGUAUUAAAUUUCUGUCAGGUUUCAGUUAUUGGCCUCAGUGUUUAAGAAGACCAAGUUCAGAUAAUUCUGGACUAUCUGAUUCUUCAACUGUUGAAGAUUUUAGUACUAGUAUAAUCGUAAAUAGAGGUAAGAGUACAUUAACUAAAUUAUUGGUGGCAGCUCAAGAUGAUCAACAUUCAACUGAAGAAAUAAGUUCAAGUGAUAAUACACCAAUAAAGAUUGAUGAACCAAUUAAAACAAGUACAAAACGAAGAGGUAGAAAGAAGAAACCUAAACCAUCAAUUGAAUCUGAUCCAACACCAACUCCUCAAUUGUUUGUAACCCUUAAAGUUAAAUUUGUUAAGACACAAUCAUCAUCUAGUGAACCAAAAGAAGAAAUAGAAACUUUUGAAACCGAUGAUGAAGAUGAAGAAGAGGAAGAGGAAGAGUAUAGGCCAGGUACCAGACAAACUCGUAGUAAACGAAUUAAAUUAAGAAUUAAAGAAGAAUCAUAUGCUCCUGAAAAGAAAAGAAGAUUGGGACCAAGAUCAAAAAGUGGAUGUUGGACUUGUAGAGUUCGUCAUAAAGCAUGUCCUGAGAAUAGACCAAUUUGUGGUCAAUGUAUAAGAUUACAUUUAACUUGUGAUUACUCAUCCGUAAGACCUCAUUAUAUGACUGAUCCUAUACUACAAGCAGCCAAGUUAAAGGAAAUUAGAGAUGUAACUAAUCUUCAAAAACGUAUUAACUUUAAAAGAAGACGGGAAACUUAAUCAUAAUCGAG